UUUUUUCAUUUUUUAGGCGAGAGGGUCUUUCCAUUGUCCUUCCGUCCCUCGAGUACCUUUCACGUUGUUCCUCCGCUUAACGGCGAUAUGGAACCUAAAGAGCAGUUUUGCCUUAAAGAGACGGAUGAGCACCGUCAAAUGCGACGAAUUGCUUUUGUAGCGGUUGUUGUUUCGACGGUUGCAGUAAUUGCUUCUGUUGUAACACUUCCAAUGCUUUAUAGUUAUGUACAGUCUUUCCAAAGCCAUUUAAUUGUUGAAAUUGACCAUUGUAAGGCAAAAAGUCGAGAUAUGUGGCUAGAAAUGACAGCACUUCAAAUUGGAAAAGGACACGUUAACCGAGUUAAACGUGGCUGGCUAUUUGGCCAGUGGGUACCAGAAAAUGGUUACGAACCAGCACAAACUGGCCCUUCAAAUACUGUCCAGUCAGCAAUAUCACAAGGCCCAAGUGGGGCAACCUAUGGACAGGGAGCUGCUGGUUAUCAACCUGUUGUUGCUCCAGAACCCGCUCCAGUUUGUUGUACUUGCCAUCAAGGACCGCCCGGACCUAUUGGUCCUGAAGGAGAACCUGGGCCAGAUGGGGAGGAUGGACCUAAUGGAAAGGACGGAACUAGUGGAAAAGAUGCGCAGAUUUUGCCAGCUCCUGUGGAGCCUCCUUGUAUUAUAUGCCCGCCAGGACCUGCUGGUCCUCAAGGCCCUGCUGGUGCUAAAGGACCACCUGGCCCUAAAGGAUCGCCUGGAGAGCCGCCAAAAGACGGAGUUCCUGGUGAACAAGGAAUGGCUGGACAACAUGGUCCACCCGGACGACCCGGACGAGAAGGACCUAGAGGAGCGCCUGGCUCUCCUGGUCGUCUUAUUCCCGUGCCUGGACCUCAAGGUCCAGCCGGACCUCCGGGCGUUGUUGGACCACCAGGAGCCCCUGGAGCUGCCGGACCUCCUGGUCAAUCAUUUGAAGGUCCUCCUGGACCUCCUGGCGAGCCUGGACGUCCCGGACGUGAAGGCCGUCCUGGCGGACCUGGACCUGCUGGACCUCCUGGACAAGAUGGAGAAAAGGGCAGUUGUGAACACUGUCCAGAACCGCGUACUCCUCCCGGAUAUUUCGCGGAGGCAAGUGCAAAAAGUGGUGGAUAUCAUUAA